UGGUUGCUUACAGAGUGAUAAAAAAAAUAGAAUAUGUUAGAAUAUAUUAAAAGAGAUAUUGCUUUUGGACAAUAUUAAGCACAUAUUUUUUCACAAUCCUCCUUAUACAUAUACACAUUUAGCUGUAAUAAAAGUAAUUGACAAAUUGAAGUAUUAUUGACGUUAGGAACACUAACAGUUUUAAUGCCACUGCACCAUUUUGGUGAGUUUAAUGUGCAAGGCGGGAUCGUCAUUAUUUUUAAUGCGCAGACGCGGAAAUGAAAUUUCCUAAGUCCUGUGCAUAUUUAGGGCGGAAACUCUUUUAUGAUAUACCAGAAAUAUUUAGCAUUACAACGUAUUGAACGGUUUUUAAAAGCGGUCACAUUUCUGCGCUGCCCUAAAAUAUUCAUAAAUAUUUGAUAUUUCAAAUUUAUUUGAACAAAAAUUAUUAUAAAUGCUCGAAAAAUUGCAACAUAGCUUGAAAAUAUAAUAAGUCGUCGCUACCCAACCAACACAUUUCAAUUGUCACACGAUGCUGAUACGUUGGAAGAGCAAAGAUAAAAGUUCAUCGAACCAGAGCAGUAGCAACAGCAGUGGCAGCUCAUCAAAGAAAAAACGAAAAGGACGUGAAGGAGAAGACUGGCAGAAUGAUGCCAAAACUGGGCGUAUUCCACCCAAUGAGCAAGUUAGUGAUCACAGGAGAGGUAUGCGGCGAGACGAUCCGCGGCGGCACACGCUUGGUGGCGAUAUGAUAUUGUAUGCCGGUAAUCAAGGACAGCAGCAGCAGCGGGCAAUGGAUCUAGAGAUGAGUACGCGCGCACAGAAAAACAAAAAGAAUAAUGUACCACGGGGCUAUACUCCCUUGAAUCAAGGACCUUUGUUCGACGAUGACCCAGGCAUAAUGUCCGAGGUAGAAACGGCAAGCACUGGCUUUCGGCGUGGCAAUAAACAACGGUCUUCGCUCCCAGUCGUUAGAACACCGUCGAAGACGUUGGAGCGCCCUUUAGGAUUAGUAUUUUUACAGUAUCGAUCGGAAACAAAGCGCGCUUUAUUGCCUAACGAAAUAACCUCAAUUGAUACCGUUCGAGCGCUUUUCGUUCGUUCCUUUCCACGACAACUAACCAUGGCAUAUCUAGAGGGUCCAAACGUUAAGAUCUACAUACAUGAUGCAAGCAAGGACAUGUUUUAUGAACUGGAGGAUGUGCGUUCACAUUUACGAGAAAUUCGUGACCGCUCAGUAUUAAGACUUUUCGAGUCCACUGAAGUUGCUGCACCGCCACAAAUUCUACCAGGUGGCCCUGGCGUACCUCAGCCUCUCCCACAAGUUACGCCUAAUCAUUGGGACCAAGAUCAGAGCUAUUUCAGCGAACCAGAAUUUGAUUCAGAUUACAAACAUCAGCACAUUCAUAAAUCAAAGAUCGGUAAACAGGCGGCACCGUACUACGUGGGCACCUCGCAGACGUUACCGCGCGGCAUGUACUCAUCUGAGCGCACAAAAGUUCCCAUUGGAGCGCCAGUGAAACCUUUGCGGGCGCACAACUCAAGAGGUAGCAUGGACCCAUUAUUUCCUUAUACCCCGGAUCAGUUAUAUAGCAUCCCAGAUGGUUACUCAAGUUCACCUGAACGCAGCACACGCGGCAACUACGAGGAGCCAUACUACAGUCAAUAUGGAACCAGAGGACCAGUGGUUGCGCCAAUCAUUGAUGAAGAGCAGGGUGAUGUGGGUCUUACUGAGGAUCAAUACGCUGUAUACGGAAUGAAAGUAGGACCAGGGCGACUACCGAGACCGAACCAAAUGUACGAUUCGGCUAGGCCUGAAGACUUGCAUCGUAUUCGUGUAGAACAUAUGGAACGCCAAUUGGCCAAUUUAACAGGUCUAGUACAGAAAGCUCUCGUAAAUCAACAGCCACAAAUUACACCGAUUCCCGUGCCAACCUUGGAUCAAAACUAUUUGGUUGUACCAACGCAGUGUCAAGCUAACGGGUCGGGAAAUGAUUUGUAUAUAAGGGAAAAGGCACCGAAGUUAGGGAAGAGCUCUUGCCAGAAAUCAGUGUCAUUUGAAAAGUCAGUUUCCUUUAGUGACGACAUACAAGGAAUACCCAAAUCUCAUAGUCCUCAACACGCUGCCGAUAACAAACCUACAAAACCAGCAAUAAAAUCAUCGACUUUACCUCGUACAUCUUCCCAGGCAGAGAGAGACCGCCUUAAACCGCCGCCGCCCCCCAAGCCACUGGUUUUGGCUCAGACGCACCAAACCUAUCGCGCUGAUAUAGCUCUUGCUCCAGAGGUCUACAAUCAUUUGCGCGGUUUACAGAAAAAGGCCAAGGAUCUUCGCAUGGAGGUGCGUACGCUGCGCCGUCUAUCUCAAGCACAGGCGGUCGCAGUGCGCGAAGACAUCAAAGGAACUUUUAUGCGCAUACGUGCCACACUGCUGGCCAGCAGCGGUACAUUUUGGGGCAGCCAUCAGGGUGAUCAAGAUGCCACGCGAAUCUCGCGCGAAGAGGAACUUUAUAAGCAAGAAGUUAUCAGACUGGAAAAAGACCUUAGCGACUUGGAAGCCUCUGUGGAGACACUACGCGGCGAAGUGAUUAAUCGACGUACACGUGUCAAUAUGACUGCCGUGGAAGACAUGGCAUUGGUACUCAGCAGAGCCAGUAAAACCGUUGCGGAAUUGAAAAUGAAAUUUCCUGGACUCUCCAAUGGACUGCGUUGCAUGUUAUCGAGCGAAAUGGAACGUGUCGUACGGGAAGAGAAAUUUCUAAAAGAAGAACCUGACAGGCUUGAGUCGGCAUUAAGGCGAUGUAAAAAACUAACGGGUACACUAGUGACAUUGAAAAGGCUGGCCAGCGUACAAGAGCAACGAUUGCCUCCUAACGAACCGCAAAUCAACGAAGAGCCGCCGCGUUCGGCCGAGAUCUCCAAUGCAGACAAACCAAUCCCAACACCCAGGAUGGGGUCGUUCGCUAUCAGCGGGGGACCCGAAAACGCACUCGAUGCUCUGCUAGACGAAUUGCAGACCUUUUCGAAACCACUCUCACAGAAUAAUGAGGUACGCCCCGAUGAUUCAACAUCUGAUGAAAGUUCACAAGCUCUGCAAAGCACAGUCACCACACAAAUAUCCCAAGCACGUCUAUAUAUCCAAACUACCGACGCAAGCAUCAUUCCUAUGCAAUCGCAACCCAUUUCCACCACAGGCGCCAGCGUUGUUAAUACUUUGCCACAUAAGCAAAGCAAUCACAACGCCAACGAAACCAUUGGUAAUGCAACCAAUGUAACAUCUUUAAUGGUGCAUACCAAUGUCGGAAGUCUUCGACGUCUCCAUUCAUAUCCCAGUGGGUCAGAUACAGACAUAUCACCGCCACAAAACGUGCGUGCGGUGACUAACAAGCCACCAGUCCCCGAACGCACCGCAGAUCUGAUAACUAAAGUGUCUAACAAACGUAUACCUCCGCCACCCCCACCACGAACUAGCUCCCGUAGUCCACUCGCUAGCCCCACAAACCCAAAUGUCCCACACCAGUUACCAACAGUUAGUGAAAUCGACGUCUUGGGCAACAAGUCAGAUAGCGGCGGAGGAAGUGGCAAUUCCAGCGGUAACGAGUCGGCGAACGACCACGUCCAGAGACAAGUGGCUCUGGAAAUGCGUCAUCAGGAAUUGCUCAAAAAGCAGAAACUCUUACAAGAACAAUAUCAACGCUUGCAGCAAAUGACGAAGAUUCCCGGCGUGGAAAUGACCGCCAUAGAUAGCACAGUCCAACUACAAAAAACUAACAGCGACUCUAAUUUACAGCACAAAAUCAAUAUGCACCAGUCACCAAUAGCCAAUGUGGGAGUAAAGUCACAAGAUAAUGGCAUACCAGGUACAGAGAAGAGUGAUAAUACAAAACAGGUCGCUAACGUCAUUGCAUCAAAUCCAGAGGCGCUGGAAAAUUCGGGUGGUGGUGGCAAAAGUGUUGGCAGCGCUGGCGGCUCUACCACAAAGCAGCUAUAUGAGACAGAAAUACUCUAACAUAAACCAGUAAUAAUGGUGGAAUGGCAAGAAACUGAAAUCGACAUUUGAGUAAAGGAUAAGAAGCACAAGCACACAUGACGCACUGGAGCACAGGUUUUACUUGGAACACGCUUACCGCUGACAACUGGCAACUGGCAAACAUUAUUGUAAUAAACGCACAGAAAACCUACACCGCACUAUGUUGCAAGAAAACAACGAUUAACAUUAACGGAUGGAGAUUGAAGAGAAUGUUAAAAAUUUAAUUGUUUGAAAGAACAAAAGACACUAGUAUCCUUAUAAAUAUGUGGUAAUUGUGCUGGUUAGCAGAUAACUGGCUAAUAGUGUUGAUUUAUAUUAUGAAAUUUCGUGAAAUGCUGAUGAAAUUCUAGUCAGAAUACAGAAAAAAUUAGUACGAAAAAUUAGAAAGAUACUGAAGAGAUUCUUCUAAUACCUAUUGUAAUAUAUUCGUGACUACAUACGCAUUUAGUAUAAUAAAGUCUAGUCAAGCUAUUAAUAACUGUCCCUUGCUCAACCCACCUAGAGAGCAAACAUUUCUCAGAUUUAGAGUGCCCGUCAUUUGCAUCAGACCCUAGCGCCACCAUAAUUUAGGUGAACUUAUGUUCCAAGCUUCUUUCAAAAGCUCAUAAGAAAUAAAUUCAUGUUUCAAGCUGCAAAGCUAAAAUUAUACCACAAUUGACUUGUUCGAGUUUAAAUGAAAAAUGUGACAACUUUGGUGACUAUCAAAUAGCAACCUGCUUCAAAAGCAACAAGCAACGACACUCAAUAUAUUUUUACUGCUCACUGGUAUCUUUGCAAUAGUAUUUUCAAGGGAUAUUCCUUGGAUAUACUAUCAGCAGAUAUGCUCUCAGAAUGAUACACAGUAAGGGUAUUCAUUUAAUGUAGCAUUGAUAUAAUAGCAGCAAUGUGCCAAAAUGGCCUCUUAGUUUAAAUGAAUCAUUAUCAUUUAGCCGAGAUCGUUGUUUCCAUAAAUAUUUAAGCAAUUUAAUUUAAAAUAAUUAAAUUAUAAUAUGAUAUUAUAUUUAAAUGUAUUUACAUUUUAAUUUCACAGCAAAGAAACCAAAACGCGAAAAACCCGUAAUCAGCUGAUUGUGGUUUGCCACAAAUUUUCAUAGAUGCCACUGAAAUAACUAUAGUCUCGCAAAGUUGCAAAUUUGCAUCAAAAUAAAUUGUAUGUAAAAAUGAACAGCUGUCACUGCGACAUUAAAUUAAAAUUAAACCAAUGGUACUCGGUGAUUUUGUUUAUUUUAUAAAUGCAUUUUUUCGAUGCAGGGCUAUCACAACCACUACACUUUCUUACACAUCACACACUUUUAUAAAUAUAGAUAUGUGCACUGGCGCAUAUUUAAAUUGUCCGGUCUUAGUUUUAGGAUAUAAGCUGUUGUACUUGUAGUCUAGGAUACAGUACUGCGUAAGGCUUUAGAUUUAGAAAUAGUUGCUAUACUUACGUAAUUUAUUUUGGUACAAUAAGUACACAUUCAUUUAAUAUAAAAAAAAGAAAUGGUCUUUAGACAUGCAUAUGAUGUAGAAUAUAUUGCUGGUAUGUAUGUAUGUAAAGUUGGUGACCAUAGCUCGAAGUGAAUCGAAUCAAAAUGGGAACGAAAAGACAUUAUGUCUGCUUAAAUGAAAUUUAGAAGGCAUUUGUUUUGCCUAGUUGUUAUUUAGUUAAUAUUUUAAAAUUGCUAGUUAUAAAUGGUUGAAUAUAUAAAUGAAAUUAUUUGCACUUACAAGGGCAUAUCCACAUAUACAUUGCGAAGAGUGGAAUGGUCCUACAAGUCGACGAUAACAAUAUUUAAACAAGUAUACAUACAUAUAUAGCAAUGAAAUCAUAGGAAAUCAGGAAUUUGCAAUGCAAGUUGACCUAAUUAAUCGUCAAAUGUAUGUAUGACUAUGAGAUGUUAUUUGUUGUAUUGCACUUGAAAUUCGCAAUUUUAUCAUUAUAUAAUUGAAAUGUUAGAUUUUUAGUACGUAAACAUACAAAAUUUCAUAUCCAUGUAUUUGUUUUUGUUAAAAGUUCUCAAAUACUCUACGUACUAAAUAUAUGCUUUAGUCCUUUUGUUAACCAAUAGUCAUAAUUCACCUUAUCCGAUUAUUAUAUGUAUAAAUGUAUGUAUAUUCACAGAAUAAUAUGUACUUUUGUGUGACUAACAUGCAAAUGAAUUAUAUUAAAUUAGUAAUUGUACUAGCAUAAAAUGGCAAAGAUCAAGCAAGAAGUAGAAAAUAGUUGAAAUAAAAUUACUCUGCCUGCCUAAAUACUAAAUGCAUAUACUACUACAUAUGUAUAAGAUUUCUGUGAGAGUAGGUGUGUGACAAAAAUGUGCAGGCAGUAACCCAAUAAGUUAACCAUAUACACAUAACAAAGUAAUCCCUAGCAUAUUUAUGAAAAAGUCAUGCCAAUUACGCAUUUUACUUGACAAAAGUUUUGUUAAAUUGGCAAGGAAAGUGAGACUGAUAGUUUUAUGUACAUUACACGCAUUCAAAAAAUAAGCAAACAAACGAACUAUAGUAUUUCGAAUAUUUAUGAAUACCAAAUACAACAUUAUACGAAAUUAAAAUACCUAUUAUAUUACCAUUUAGUUUAACUUCAAGCCGACGGCAAUAAUUUGAUUGAACAUAUCACGUAUAAAAAGGCAAAACAUUCUUAAUACUUAUGUAACUACCAUAUUUUCAAAAGUAUUUCGAUUCACAUCAUUCUUUCCUUCGACCGGCUACACAUAUACAGAGAUUUUUAAACAAAUUAUUGCCGCCGCUAAUCACGUAAGCGUCGAAUCAAAGCAUAACUUAGAAGACAUGAGUAAAUUAAAGCUAAUCAAAGAAGUAAAAUAAAUGAAUAUUAACCCUAUUACACACGCCAUUCCAUUCAGCAGUCUCUAUGUCAUUAUAACUUCAGAAUAAAAUAAAAAUAAAAACAAGCUGCA